UUGAUGAGCUGGUUUUACUGUAAUUAAUAGAGCGCACGCAAAUUAAUCAACCACAUCGAUAUUGUAUUGAAAUCAAUGGAACUUGGAAAAUACCCGUGGCAACAUGUCCCGUUUAAACUCUUCUAAGAGACAAACCUCAAACUUCGGUAUACUACAUAUCAGUCGAUAUGUAUUCAACCUCUUUGUUAUGCAUAGUAGCAACAUCAAGAUAAUGCAGGCUGCAGAGGCUACUACAGACUCCUCACUGAGAGAGGGAAUAGAGGUGCUUGGAGUGGGGGACAGUGAGAAACCCACUGGUCGGGAAGAGGAAGGUGACGAAGACGGGACAGAUGUGGCAGCUGCAAAAGCAGAGGAGACCAAAUCAGAGGAUGCAAAAGAUGGAGACAAAGGUGGAGAUGCGAUGGAAGGAGAGGGGCAGAAGGGGGAGAUGGAAGCAGACAGCAAGAUGGAGGGAGCCGAUCGAAAGCAGGUGGAGCGAGAGUGGGAAAUCGCCUACAGCGAUGACGAAAUCGAGGACCCCAAAAACUGGAUGCCCCCUCCUGACGAAAUCAAAAGACUGUAUGAGCUCCUUUCAAAAGGGGAGAAGCUGGAACUGAACUUUGUGCCCCUUCCUCGAAGACCGCCUACACCUGAGAGGACCCCCUCUCCCGAGAGGGAUGAUGAGGACGAGGCGGCAAAAGAGAGGGAGAGGGAGGAUAGAGAGCGCAAGGCCCCAUCUCCCACAGAGUUUGAUUUUGAUGAAGAACAGAUGCAACAGACUCCAAAAAAUGCUUUCAUCAACCGACGCAGGACACCAGGGUCUUCGGCUCGGUCCUCUGUCAAACGGGAGGCUAGGUUGGACAAGGUACUGUCAGAUAUGAAACGCCACCGCAAAAUUGACGAGCACAUUCUCCGGACUGGACGAGACCUCUUCAAGAGCGAGAAGAGCAGCCGGGCCGGGCCCGAGGAGGCACUCUCUCCCAACAGUCAAAAAGAGCGAGAAAAGGAGAGGGAGAGAGACAGCGACCCCAGCAAAAUCUUCUCGCCAAGACAGAGGCGAUAUUGAGACAGGGGGAAGAACUGCAGGCCAAGAGCUUCGAAGCCUGAUUUUUUUUUUAUACCAUUACCAAUUUUGUAUGAUUGUGCGUUUUGUAGCCUUGUAAUAAACAUUACUCUUUUUUUUGUUUUUAUAUAUAUAAAUCAGUGUCUUGAUAUAACACCCAGACAAGUUCAGAACAGAGGAGUAUAUUUUAGCUAUAAGUUAACAAUAUAGCCUUCACAUAAGGCUCAGAAGUUUAUACGGUACAUUAAUACGUAUUCAAUUCAAAACCACAAAUAAAUAACAUAAGCAUAUACAGUAAAUCAGUUAAAAUGCAUUUUUCCCCCAAUGGCAAGAACCACAUAGAAAUAGUUUAUCGCCGUCUAGACGUUAUUGUCCUAUCUUCUUUCUUGCAUCCAAGGUUACUGGACCACGUUUGUUUUCCUAGUAUUUUAUGUUUUCUGAGUGAACAGGGCUCCUGAAACCAGUGGCUCAAUUAAAUUUGCUCAGUACAAAUAAGAAACUGAAGAAGUGGAAACAGACUCCUAAAGCAGUUUCAAGAGCUUUAGAAAGGUCAACCUAUGCUAAAUGCUACCAAGACAGUGUAUUGAUUAUAUUCUGGUCGAUUUAUGCAAUUCACUAAUUACAGCAGUGGUAAUAAAACAUGUUUUUAAUUGUUUUAUUAAAUAUUCUUGUGUAACGUCAGCCAAUGAAUGACAGUAUGUGGAAUAAAUAGGGCUGCUUUUUUUGUUGUUG